AUGGUAGUCUCCGUGAAAUUGAUGUUCCUUCUUCGUCGCGCCGCUGUUCGCAGCUUUACCUCUUCGCCUCUCAAGGCCCGCACAAUCGUCACAAAGACCCCCAACGCCCUCAGUCAAUCACAGAAAUGGCAGAUGCCUGUUUUCCAAAGACGGUUCGCCAGUGAAGAGGCCUCCCUCGCCCAGGCCAAGACCACCGAUGAGACUGUCUCUACCGAAGCCACCGAGACCGAGCAGGCCGUCACAUCCGAGGCGCAGGCAGAACAGGAGCCCAGCGUGGAGGAGAAGUCUGUGCCCGAGGUAGCAGAUGCCUCUGAGCAGCCUUCGGUCGUCGAGCAGGUCAAGGAAAAGGUGCAAGAUGUCGCCUCAAACGUCACCUCCGCAGCCGAGUCUCUUCUCGGUAAGAGCGCCCGUAACGCCGCUCACGGAACUCACGUCGACCCCAAGCCCAGCAGAAUUCUCUACGUUGGCAACCUCUUCUUCGAGGUCAAGGCCGCUGACCUUGAGCGCGAGUUCUCCAGCUACGGAGAGAUCAUCAAUGCGCGCGUGGCCGAGGACGCCCGUGGUUUGAGCAGAGGCUUCGGAUUCAUCGAGUUCAAGACACUCGAGGAUGCAGAGAAGGCACAGCGUGAGCUCAACCAGAAGGCCCUGGCCGGUCGCAACAUGGCAGUGCAGUUCCAUCUCCGCCGCGAGCCCCGCUCUCUUAUGGACGGCAUUCCCAAGCUCAACAGACCUAGCAAGACUCUCUUCAUCGGCAACAUGUCGUUCCAGAUGUCCGACAAGGAUCUCAACGACCUUUUCCGCAACAUCACCAACGUUCUGGACGUCAGAGUGGCCGUCGACCGUCGCUCAGGCCAGCCGAGGGGUUUCUGCCACGCCGACUUCAUCGACGUACCCAGCGCACAGAAGGCCAAGGAGGUUCUUGAGAAGAAGGAGAUUUACGGCAGACAGCUCCGCGUCGACUUCAGCCGCAGCAAUGUUGGAAACGACAGAAGCGAGAGAAGUGAGAGAAGCGACAAAAGCGAGAGAAGCGCCUAG